UACAGGGAGAAAACCAAACUGAACUUAGGUCAAGUUCCAUUAUAUAAUUUACAAGUCCAACCAACUAAAACUUGUCAUUUAUUCGUCUUAGCGACCCACCUAAACCAACCUCGACGUUGAGGUUCUAGGUUCCGCAACAUUUAGCAGAGAAGAAGCCAAAAAUGAAAAUACACACAAAAAAUGGGAAUUUGGUUAUUUUGUUUGUGAUAUUGAUAGGGUUUUGUGGGAAGAUUGAGGGCGCAACGGUGACAUGUGAACCUGAAUAUGGGUUCUUGCCAUGCACGAGUGGAACUUGGGGUACAUUUUUCUUGAUUGUGGUUUAUCAAUACUUGAUGGCUCUUGGUCAAAGCUAUGUUUCAAACGGAUCAAAUAAGUUUUUUGGUCUUAUCGGACCGGGUAUAUUUGGAGCCAGUUUCUUCCAUAUUCUUGCCAACUUCCCUACACUUUUCAUUGUCCUUCAGUCAGGAUUAUCGAAUGACGUGGAGGGUGCAUCUAGUAGCACUGGAAUGGGAAUGAGUGUUCUAACUGGAUCAGCAGUCAUGAAUCUAACACUCAUUUGGCCCUCAAUCAUAACUUUUGGAAGCUAUAGUCUUGCAGAUGAUGAUGACAACGACUCCCUUGAUGACGACGAGCCAUCUUUUCUAACGAAACUAACAGCGUAUGGUGUUACAACUGAUAUCGAAACUAGCUACACCGCGAGAAUCAUGCUCGUGUCGGUGAUCCCUUUUGUCAUCCUCCAACUCCCAGCAAUCAUCGAUUCGACAUCAGUAACCCGAGUGAUACUUUUAAUCACCCUCAUCCUUGUGUUGUGUCUCUACAUUACUUACAUUACGUAUCAGAUCUUCCAACCAUGGGUUCAAAAUAGAAUAUUCGACUAUGUGACACAAACUUUUGUAAGUAGCAAAUUACAGACACUCUUGUCAACAAAGGGAAAGCCAAAUGUGCGGCUAAUUAAAGAGAUUUAUGAGGGACUUGACGUAAAUCAUGACGGUAAAGUGUCGAAUGCAGAGCUAAAAACUUUAAUAUUGGGAAUACAACUGCAAGAAGAUGGUAAAAUAAGUGAUGAUCUGGUACAGAAGAUCAUGGAUCAAUUAGACAUAUCAGGCGAUGAGAUUAUUCAAGAGGAUGAAUUUGUUAGAAUUCUAACAAAAUGGGUUAAGGAAGCAAGGAAAUCAGGCUCUCAAAAUGAUUAUAGCCCCCUUCGCUUUUUUAUUAAAAAUACUACUGAUGGGGAUGCAGAUGAAGAACAACAAACCGCUUUGAUACCUAAGGAAAGCCCUAACAAUCAAAGUUCGAUACUAGAGUUCUUAGAGGCUUUGUUUCUAGUGCUCUUUGGCAGUGUGUUGACGUUUGUUGUUGCAACACCGCUAAAAACGAACGUUGUGAAUUUUGCUUAUGAUGCAAACGUCCCUUCGUUCCUCAUUCCGUACGUUAUAAUACCGUGUGCCUCAAACAUAUCACGUCUGUUAUCAGAAAUUAGCUCUGCAAGACAAAAGACUGAGCGAGCCGCAUCCUUAACACUUUCUCAGAUCUAUUCAGGAGUCGCCAUGAGUAGUAUGAGUAGUUUGACGACAUUCUUGUCAAUCGUGUAUAUAAGAGAUCUGCCAUGGGAUGUAUCAGCUGAAGUUUUAGUUGUGUUCAUAAUUUGUGGAGUGAUGGCAGUGUUCACAAGUACGAGGACGGUUUAUCCACUUUGGACUGGUUAUGCAGUUUAUCUAAUGUACCCCAUAUCGCUACUCAUGUUGUAUUUGCUUGUCGUGGUGUGGGGUUGGUAACUAAUACACUAGAUUAAUAUUAUGUCAGACGAAUGACUUCUAAAUUAUGUUUGUUUUAUCUCAUGUUCUUCCUGGUCCGUCAUUUACAUGUAAAAUACACCAUAAUACACUAAAGGUGGUUUAGUGGUUUGAUCUUUAAGCUGCUAAGCAUUGUAUGAAGUUCUCAAAGAAAUAUGUGAAUCUGGAGUGUUGUUUCA